AUGGCUUCGAGAAGUCCUCAAAGAGUCUUCGAAAAUCCAUCUGUAGCAGUAACCCUUGAUGACUUGACGGAUUCUCCAUCAAGAGACACUGUAUUAAGUGAAGAUCAAACUGAAUUCCUAGACGCAGUGCGUGACGGAGAUUAUGCCGGAGUGCGCGAAUACAUCUUGCAGAGGUCUGUUGAUGUGAACUGCGUAAACCUGCUCGGAGAAACGGCUCUUCAAAUAGCAGUGAGCAACAACCGCCAUGAAAUUGCUAAGUUCCUUCUUAAACAAGGUGCAGAUGUCGAUAACGCGUUGCUGUAUGCCGUUGCGAAUGAGUCAACUGUCUGGGUAACACUGUUACUAGGUGAAGACCCGAACGCUCAAAGCCACGCGACAACAGCAGCUGCCUCACGAGAUCAGGAGGCAAGUAAAGAUAGUGAAGAUCAUUGUUAUACAAAACACAUCGCACCUCUAGUCUUGGCUGCCCAAAGUAAUAAUCAAGAGAUUGUGAAGAUUCUCCUUGAGAAAGGCUACACGAUUAAAGAGCCAUCUUUUCACAAAAGAUCGUGUAAAUGUGGGCAGUGUGAAGGCAAACGUCUUGCAAGUUCUAUUCAUCGUUUGCAUAGCUACCGUGCGCUAGCAAGCCCUGUUUACUUAUGUUUGUCUUAUUUACUCCAUCCUUCUCCCAAUGGAGAUCAAGAUAUAAAAUCAUCCAAAGACCCGAUCAUUUGUGCGUUCCUUCUAAACCGGAAGCUGGAAAAUCUUAUGGAAGACGAAUACGAGCUUAAGAAUGAUUACCAGGCGCUGUCUAGCGCAUGUGAAGAAUUCGCCGUUUCACUUCUCACGAAGUGCCGAUCGAUGGAAGAAAUCGGCUGUUUGAUGAGUGUACCGGGAAUUGAGACACUUGAGCAUGUAGAGGUUAGAGGAGGGAGAGAAGCCCAGAAGCUGAGCGUUCUCAACUUUGCAAUAGCUAACAAGAAUGAGAAGGUAAGACCUAGUACAGCUGUAGAUGUAGCAGGGGUAAUAUAUAUGCAGCGAUUAGGAGCGAUUUGUAAUUUAUGGUUACUGUUACUUUGGUGAAAGGUUAUGAUUUGAAAACCUUGACAUAGCGGAGUUUUAACUAAGGGUGUCAUAAUAUAUCCUGAUACAUGAACUACGUUUCUGUGUAGGACAUAACUUCACUUUCAAGUUUGAAAUUCUGAGAGUAGUCAAAAAGUUGGCUGAAGAUUAACGCAUUGUUACGCAAAGUAUCGCAAAUAGUUUGGUUCAAAUUAAGUACGAUUAGACGUUUAGUAAAGGGUGAGUACGAGUGUCUGUAUCGUAAUUAGCAUGCAGCAUUUCGUGCUCAUUAUGCAUAUUUCAUAUUACAUUAGGAAAUUUACAUUUCAGUACGGAAAAACACUUCGUCACACCAUCAGAACAAAGUAAAAUUUCGUUACAGUCCAGCGCGUGUACAUGUUUAGACCAUGGUAGAUGCAUGAGCUGAUAGGAUUCGACACGUGAGACUGACUUUUACGGAAGUAAGACCAGUGGCAGAUGCAGGGGAGGGGCCCGGGGGGGCUUAUUUUAGACCAUAGUGAGGCCCGAAGGGCCGAAAAAUUUUUUUUGGCAGACCAAAAUAGAUAGCUGAAACAAGUAUAAUUAAAUCCUUGAUUCGGCGCCUCUCUGCAGUGCUGUAGCUUUUAUUGGUUUAUAAAUACUACAACACAUUGGAAGAAAAACGAAAAUAUGAAACUUGAUAAGGUCACUCACAAUCUAGCCUAACGAGCGCGAGCUAAACGUUAUUCUUGCCGGCUGAACGGGCAAGAAAGCUCAUGGCGCUGGUUUUGGUAUGAGUCAACUUACAUUUCAAAAUGUAAAAUGUCAAAGAUAUUUUGCUUUCUGGGGUUCAUCACAGUCAAAGCUCUCACAACCUUCACUUUCGUAAGCGGGCAGCUCUACCUGGCCUUGAUUGUUCAAAAGUUGGAGAGCGCUAUUCACCGGAUUAGUUACUAUCUAGAGGACAAGUGUAAGGGAAACCAAUUGCGUUAUCCACUGGCUGGAGAUUUAUCCAGUAGAUAGCUAUAUCUAACAAAGUAGGCCAAUAUCGAACAAGUAGGCCUUGGACUGGCUCCCUUCUAAAUGAAUCAAUAUAAAGCGAUCCUAUAGACUGACAAUGCAAGGUCGCCAAAGAAAAUUCCAACUCUUUGCCCUCAUCGUCCACAUCAUCAUCAUCAUCAUCACCAUCACCAUCACCACCACCACCACCACCACCACCAUCAUCAUCAUCAUCAUCAUCAUCAUCAUCAACAUCAUUCCUCGAUCUGCAGUCUUAUUUCCUAUUGCUCUCCCAGGUUUAUCAUUGAUGAUGUUUCUGUAUUUUGUUUUCAGUUUGUAGCUCAUCCAUAUAGCCAGAUGAUGCUGAAUUCUGUGCUGUACGACAAAUUGGGAGGAUGGGAAGACCAUAACUUCCUAAACAAGGCCCUGUUCUGCCUGCUAUUGUGUCUACUGCUACCAGCUUUAGCACUGUGCUAUUUUGUGGCACCCAACAGUCGAAUCAGUAAACUGCUAAAAACACCAGUCUUUAAAUUCUUGAGUCACACCGCUUCGUCCUUCUGGUUCCUUGUCCUCCUGGUCUUGUCGUCCAUUCAGGACAAGUUUUACAAUCUCCUUGAUUUUACACCCUUAGGUAAGAAGUGUUGUAUAUUUUCUGCGGUAGAAUAUCUUAUUUUAAGACAUUCUAUUUAGUUCUGAGAUGUAUUCAAUGUACGUAGACAACCCAGACAUUAUCCUUAACUAAAAUUGAUAACGUUACUUUAAAGGUGACUUUCAAAGUUAACUGGGAGGUGGUCCAGCCUCCAUUGGACUUACUAGCUCUAAUGCACUUAUCAAUUGAAACCCCGACCCCCCCACCCACCCCGGGCCAAGGUGGGGAUUUGACUUGACAUCAUUACAAAUCUUAGCAAACUCCCACCCUACUGGGGCAUAUUGACUGGUAAAACCCCCAUGCAGGUGGGGAGACAUUUUUAAUUUCCUGACUGACUUUAUUAACAUUUCGUUCGAAUUUUCAACUUCUUUAUUGACAAAUUUACGAGAGCAAAAAGGUAAAUAUGGUAACAGACCAAGAUACAAAUAUGAUAUAUCGUGGAUACCGGUAUGCAUCAGGGAGCCAAAGUACAGGAUGGACAGAACCACUCCCCAACCAAGUCCUCUUUUAUAUUUUAUAUUUUGACUUAAAGAAUGAGGAAAUAUAGAACUUCAGAAACCACAUGGGUUUAACACUAGAGGUUAAACUAGCUGUGUCACGAAAUUUACCAAAAUGUAGGCUGUGGGAUCUGCCACCAAAUUGAGUGAAACAUAAAAAUAACCGCUUAAGACAUUAAAAGAUGGUAUAAAUGACUCAGCAAAUACAAAAGAAGGUACAGAUGGGAAAACAUGAAGAGGAUUAAAACCGAUUGAAAUUGUGGUUUUUGAAAACUUGUUAACCUAACAGUUUUUCAAAGUUCAUUGUUUUUGUUCGUAACGCUUGAUAUGCUUGGGAGAAACAUCUGUUUGAAACGAAGCUUUGAUUUCUUCAUUUCUUUGCCAACGUAACGCUCAAAAGCGAAUAGGGACCACGUAACUGGCAAUAUUAACAAAAUGAACCAGAUAGCCGUGACACAGCACCUUUUAUAAAAAGUAGAGGAGCGUGUAUCUGCAUUGUUUGAGAAGUUUUGAAUAACAAUAACAAUUUCCAGUCAACGAACCACGAAAGCUCAAGGCAAAAUCGGAGUAAAAGAAAUGAAAGGAAAAACAAUAGGUGGUUUUCAUGCAAUCUCGGGAGACACAAAUAACCAUGGUGAAAUGAACAAAUGCUGGAGGACAAACAAAGCGAGCUAAUGAGCGAUCUUUUGUUUACUGUCCACCAGCAUGGCGGCGAUGACGUAACGUGAAAACCACCUAUUAGGAAACUUAAAUUCAAAGCCAAAUACAUCAAAAUACCGGUGAUCACGUGAAGAAAUUACCGUGAGCAAACUAGGCACGAGUCAAAUCCCCACCUCGUUCCCCGACUGCCAUAUGAAUAUGCUAAGCAAAUCCUGAGAAAUUCCCCACCCCCACGGGCUAACCACGACUUCAAAUACCAUAAAAAUCCCCCACAUAGCCUCACAUAGGCCCGGGUGGGGGGGGGGGGCGGGGUUUCAAUUGAUAAGUGCAUAACUGGUUAGCCGAUCUCUGCACCAGUAUCGCAGAGGUCAGAACUCGAAUCCCGGCAAGCCUGAAAAUUUUCAGGCGUACUUUUCGCUACCUCUUAAGUUUCGUGUAUAAUUGCGGUGAUCUUCUUUGCAUCAUAAUUAAUAUCGGUUAUUGCACUGUUUUCUAGAUGUUUUUAUCAUGCUGUGGAUCGCAGGUAUGCUGUUUCAAGAAGCAAAAGAGGCCUAUCGUCAAGGGAAAGAACGUUACGUAUCGCAGUACUGGAAUUUGCUCACCCUGUUCAUGCUGGGUCUCUUUAUAGCAUCAGGAGUCCUGUGGCUCUCUGGAUUUUUUCUGACUGUAUCAGGGAAGAAAACCUGGGUACUACCAGUAAGUGAUGUGUUCGGUACCAGCUCUCAGGAGAUCGCUUAUCGCUUAAUCCUCCUGUCGAAUGCGUUUUUUUCCUUCGGUAUGGUUUUGGCGUUUGUUUCUUUCUCCAACGCGUUCCAAGUGAACUCGGUAUUAGGUCCGCUGCAGCUCUCACUUGUCAAGAUGGUUCGAGACAUCACCAAAUUUCUGUUUCUGUUCCUGUUGUUGUUUCUUGCGUUUGGCUGGGCGGAGAGAAAGGUGUAUUCGCAUUAUGUCCAAGCCAGGGAAGCCUUCGUGGGAAAUGCAACUCAACAUGAAUUUGCGAGGUGAGUGUCUGAUUAAAAAUUUGUAUAAAAAGCGUACACAUCAGUAGCAGCAUUUCCAAGGCUAUUCUCACACUACAGGGCUCGCGAAGGGGUUACCAAAAACAUAGCGCUGAGGGGAUUAAAGUUUUUAUUACUUGCACCCUACACAGAACCGCUGCAUAUAGACUGGGAAAUGCCAUUAAAUGGCCGCUAAAAUUGCAUCUUAAAGUCGGACAAAAGGCUAAAAAAAUCCGCGUAACGGACAUUCACGAAGCAAUUUUUUUUUGGCCUGACAAUAGAGGCUCUUUUUUCUCAAAAUGAACUCGCGUACGAACUAUAAGUUGCUUCUGCUCGCUGGAUCAUUGUUCGAAUAAAAGACCUCGCGGUGAAAUGAAAUGUACAGAUCCCAGCACUGAUGGGAUUUCUUGACUUUUGAAACCGUUGCAAUACAGGGUGUCCCAAAAGUUCGUUCCUCUAAUUUCAUGCACUAUAACUUUUAAUCAAAACUUUAUUUUUACAUGGAAUUUCUAGAAGAUGUUUAUUUCUCUAUUGAGUACAUGUUUUCAGAAUUUCGGUAACUGGCAUGCCCUUUUUGUUUUGUUUUGUUUCUUUUAUCACAUUCUGUAGCCGUUGCGGCAUGAAGUGGGAUGCAGCGUGUAAACCCACAGAUGAUCCAUUUUGAGCUUUUUUAUCACCUGGUGCGCAGGAGCCAGUUCAAUCCUCAAACAAUAUUUGUUUAGUUUAGGCAGCUGAAAACAAAUAUACAGUGGAACCUCGAUAUAACGAAGGGCCAAGGGACUGGCAAAAUUUGUUCGCCAUAUCGAGGUUCUUUUUCAUGUAUUUUACUAUUGCUGGGGUAAAGAAAAUCGUUCGUUAUACCGAGGUAUUCGUUAUAUAGAGGUUCGUUAUAUCGAGGUUCAACUGUAUUUUGGGCAUUCAUCUAAAAAAGAUAAUCAUCCCGGCCUUCUUCCACAGCAAGGCUUUUAUACUUCUUUACAAAUUAAGACGCGCUGGGCGUUACUUGGCGGACUAAGCAGAGGAUUUUUUACCAUCUCAGGGGCCUCUAAUUUUAAACAGCUUUUCAUGACCUUUUCUGGAUUUGGCUUGCUAACUAUGUGAGAACUUCCUUGUCGAGUCUCCCAUUUUGUAUCUAUCCUUCUUUAAAACUAUUUUAGCUGCUUUAUUCGGGACAUUUGGUCUUCCCCCUCUUUUCUUGCCUUCAAAACCUUCAUUUCUCCAUCAUCAUUUUACCACCCAACAUUCAGAUUUGUCCAGUUUUUUAGCAGUUUCUACUACAGAGAAGCCAGUAAAUCGAAGGUUUUUGAAUAAAAAAGGUUCUUCAUGAUGUUGUAUAUAUUGUAUAUACGUAAGAUCAGGUUUAACACAUCCUAAGUAGCUAAGUUGAUGAACAAGGAAUCUGCGCGGCUUGCUUCUAUUGGAAAGCCUGAAGAGAGCGAUAGGAAGUAUUUUUUCAAUAAAUGGUUACUUACGGGAACUAGCCAAUUCAGAUCGUGUAGUACAAGUUUUGACUGACAGUUCGAUCCUUUUAGCAUUGGAGGAAGCCUGAGGCUCUUAUUUUGGGACUUGUUUGGAAUGGCGGAUCUGGAAGACCUUAAGACUGACGAGAAAUUCGCCAUCACACAGUUUACAGGUGAAUUACUCCUCGGCCUGUACAGCAUCGCAUCAAUUUUGGUUGCAAUUAAUAUGCUGAUUGCCAUGAUGACAAACUCCUAUCAGCAAGUCGCGGUUAGUGAAGCAUUUAUUUUGUCAACACCCUAAUUAAUUGAACGAUCGCGAGUGGGUGUGUCUCAGAGUUUACUUCGAUAGCCACUGGCUUAAAAUAGUUCUAAUCGUUGCAAAAGUCUCCAAAAUAAUAAUUAAGACCAACAAGAAAUUAGUUUUCCAAGUAUGUCUGAGAUUUCUGCUUACUGAGAGUAUUGUUAUGGACCAUCCUCCACCAGUGCAAAUUCGCCUGUGCUCCAUUCCUGCCCCAGUUUCUUUGAUUUCCUCCGAUCAACUUGCACGCCUUCAAUGACAAGGCCAUCACUUUGUCAACAUUACCUUUACCAUCAGCUCUUUUCUUUUUGCUUAAUAGAUAAUUAACGAAUGGAGUGAUCCAAAGGGGGGCCUGGGUGAACAAUUCACGACCCCGCUUCUCAUAGAGAAACAUUUAUCAUGAUAACCGCCGCCUAGUUAGCUCAGUUGGGAGAGCGCCGGUCUGACAAACGGGAGGUCGCGGGUUCAAAGGCCUGGUCGGACCGACACUCAGGGUCUUUAAAUAACUGAGAAGAAAGUGCUGCCUUCGUAAUGACAUCUGCAAAUGGUUAGACUUUCUAGUCUUCUCGGAUAAGGACGAAAAACCGUAGGUCCCGUCUCGCAGCACUUUUACUGAUUUGUUCUUGUGGGACGUAAAAGAACCCACAUCACUAUCCGAAGAGAGAAGGGGUCGUAGACCCCGGUUGUGUGGCCAAACUUUACGGGGUGUGGGAUUGGGUAGGGAUGGCACCUCGCAUGGGACCUGAGUCCCGUUCGUACACAUUCCCUCUGGGUAGGCCUGUGUCCAGAAAAGCUGGUAAAUAAAUAAGUAAUAGGAUACUGCAGUUUGUCAUAUUAUACUUUAGUAGCUGUCCCCGCGUGGGGGCCAUUCAUCACAGGUGUCCAGGCAAAAUCUCGUAGCUCUGAAGUAAAUGUUAUCUUAUGAUGCUCUCUACAUACGAAUAAGAAAAACUACCCCUGUCAACUUUCCUUUGUCAAUAUUUUCAAACCAGUUGUCGCACAUUUGAGGUAAAGCAGACAGUGGAGUGAAAAGGGCGAAAUCCUGACUGAAAUUUUGAGAAAAUAGAAUUGUCCUUUGGAUAACGAUAUAGUUGAUUGAAAACUUUUUUCUCAUAAACUCUAUUAAUUAUUAGCAAGAUUGAAAUGAGUCUAUAAUUUCCUAAAUCACGACGAUCGUUAUCUUUGUAAACCAGGUACGUACGCCCAUUUUUCCAUUCAUUAACAAACAUCCCAGAGGAACGAGACAAAUUAAAUAUGAAGGUUAAAGAUGGUGCAAUUACACCUGAUGCAAUUUUUAAGACCCUUGGCAGGGAUCUUAUCAAGACCGGUACUUUUCGACACUUUUAAGUUUUUUAGCGUAAGAGCGACGCUUUCAACUGGAAUUUUAGAUAAUCGAAUGACUGGAGUAUGAUCCAGGUUGUUAGUAUGUAUUAACUUUGUUGGGAGAGUUCGUUGAUUCGGCUGCCAAAAUUGGGCCUAUGUUACAAAGAAAUCAUUAAAUGAUUCGGCAAUGUCAUUAUCGUGAGAAAUAAUUCUAUCAUUAAUGAGGAUAUCAUUAACAGGAGUACUGUAGUUUUGUUUCCCUUGCCUGUGAGUGAAUUUAUUGUUUUCCAACCCGUCUUAGGGUCUGUGGCUGUACACACAUAAAUUUUUGUGGUGAGAGUAGUCUGAUUUCGCUUUGCUCAUCUUAGUAUCACGCUCAACAAAAUUAAUCGUAGUCAUCAAAGAGCUGCACAUCCGCACUAGGUGGUCUGUACCAGGUGCUAACUAGAAAAUACCUGCGGCAAGGAAUGAUAAUCUCUACAAGAGAUCAUUUGCGGAGACUCUGGCACUAAGUCAAUUCUGUUUGUUUGUGUAUGACAGAUUUUGCCUAAUAUAGAGAGCAACACCCGCAGCCGACCGAUUGCAGUCCUUGCGAAUUAUACUGUAGACCGGAACAUAUACUUCAUUAUCAGCAAUAGCGCUAUCUAGUCUUGAUUCAUUAAUAGCUACAACCAGUUGCAAAAAUAUUGAGACGCUCCCAAGAAAAAACGACCUUUCUUGCUUCAAAUCGCUCCUGGUCACAGAUCUGUGAGAUAUAAUACUGACCUCCCUCCUCCCUCCCAUUCAAAGUUGUUCGUCCAAGUGUUGAGUAUGAUCUUGUAUUGCUAACAACUUUGAUAAGGGGUGGAGGGGGGUCACAAGCACAAGAUCAUGGACAGGCCAUUUAUGCCAAAAUACGGUACAGUGUCUCAAGUACUUUUGUAACUGGUUGUAGCUAGCACUUCCAAAGGGGAAUUAAUUAAAAUGUUGCGAAUUUCAUGUGUUUCCAAGGACUAUUAACAUUUAAACAGGCAAGCUUUAACUCGUUAUAGGAUAACAAUGGGCUCUCCGUUGAUGAUAUUAGAGUUGUAAUAGUCAACUGUCUUUGCCUGUUACAGCAAAGGGCCCAAAAGUGUGACGUCCUUUAAUUAAUACAUAUUCUUUCAUGAAGGUAUUAACCAAUCAGAAGUCGAGGACAGUUUCCAGCUGGCUUCUGAUUGGAUCAAACCUGCACGAAAGAAUGGGAAUAAAUUAAAAGCAGUCACACUUUGGGCUCCUUGCUGUAAAUGCCCUAAAACGAACUGGUUUUACAGCCCUAGGUAACUAAUCUAAAAUCCUGGACAAAAGUCUUUGGGACAGUGACGCAGUACUGGCAUUUGUCUUUAAUUUCUGGGUGCCCUCAUAAAACAGUGCCACCUGUUGCAGUCCUCCCUUCCCCUCACCAUAUACAAAUUUGAAACUCAGGAAAAUUCUGGAUACACGCGUCCUAUCUUGUCUGUGAGAUUGGGGAGGGGCUGGGCAUGUGUGAUUCGAAGACAGCACGACAAACAACAUUGUCUUCCAAGACUUUUGUCCGUGAUUGUAGGUAAACUAAUCACAUCAUCUUGUGUCAGUGAAGUCAGGAUACGAGUUAUACAUAAUCGUAAUUAAAUCUUACGGGCUUUAAAUUUUAUGUUACUGUAGGAUGACGCAGAUAUUCAGUGGAAAUUCUCCAGAACCCGGAUGUGGAUGCCAUAUUUAGAUCAAGGCAAUGCAAUGCCGCCUCCAUUCAACCUCAUCCCCCCUCCACACUUAGUGAUUCAACUCUGCCGAAGACUGUGUAGAGGUGCUGGGUACUAUGAGGUAAGUUUGCUUAUCUGUUGUGCAUCGUAUUUUGUGGAUCAUCUGUCUAAUUACUCUGCACAGUGGCAUAGAACUAUAAUCUGACCAAAGCACCUCAGUCAGAUUUAAAACUAUUGGAAAUAAUGAUGUUGCAAUCAAGAAAUGAUGCACAUCUAAUUUGUGGCAAAGAUCGUCUUGCCAGUGAGUUCUAUGGCUGUUCAUUUGGACUAGGACUAAGUACGUACUUUACAUUUUUUAUUUCUCAAUUUCAGCAUCAAAGCUGCCAAGGAAGAUCAGCAACUCCAAGUAAAGACAAGGUGGACUUAGACAAGGUAAAUAUACUACAGGUGUGUACUAUCAAAUCUCAUACGCUCAUACGUUGCCUUAAUGGACCUUUUUUGGGAGAAAAAUGGUGCCUUAGUGUAGCUCGCUGCGUGUGGUCUGCAACCCGGAGGUUAUACGACACUGGUAAGACUGUGUAUUUUAUGGGGAGCUUAAGCAAAGACUUUUUGACCGACGGACUUGAGGCCGGAAGUGAGGCCUUUUUAAUUUUAAAAGGCCUUGACGCUACCGUUUUGGGUUUUUUAGUGUCUUUACUCUUAUGGAGACGAUCUGCCCGAAAAAUUAAAAAAGCAAAAAGUCCACUUCCGGUUGACUUGCGUCGCUCAAAAAACGCCCACUAAUCUAGUUGAAUGGACUAUAUAACGAUGACUUUUUGCCAAAUGAAAAGCACGUCCAUUUUGCGAUGCCAUGCAUUUUUCAUUUUGUAUAUUUCUUUUCCGUAAGUUCUCUUUAUAACAAAAUUUCAAAUGUUCUGACUACUUCAAGGUUUGACCGACCGCGAAGACAUGCAUGGGUGAUAUAGUUGAUAGUUACAUCCGUAGGGGUUUUAUACUAUUAUACUUUAACCGUGAAAACCUUUCCCAUAGAUUUCGCAAGUUCCAGAUUUCAAUUGCUUAAGACGAAUAAAACGUUCGAAACAAACAAACAAAAAAAGAAGGCAGGAGUUCGAGUUGUUUUUGUUUUAAGCGACCUGCUUCUCCUAGGCUUUGCUAAGUAGCUCCAUAUCCAUGCUUUAAAACCAGAACAAUGACAUGCCUUAUGACAUAUUUUCUUGCUAAAGUUUGAAGGCUUUCACUCAGUUGACGACAUUAUGGAUACCCUAACAGCCUUAUAUACAGCGUUUGUCAAAGUAAAACGACAGCAUUAGAAAAUUACUAAGUUAGCGCUUUUUUAUUUUUCCUAUAGCGCCAUAAAGUGAUGACACGUUUAAUCCAGCGGUACCUCCUCACUGUUAACAAGUCAAAGUCCCAGUCCCACGCUGCUCCAGAGUCAGAAGCGGUGAGUCUGGACGAGAACGGACAACUGAGGGGCUUGCUAAUUCAACUGCAAGAUUUUUUGAAGAAAAAUAAAGAUCGCAAAGAUUCUUCUGUCGCCCGCGUUUAGACAAUUUUCCGAAUUACGAGUAAGCUAAGAAAGGGUUUCUGUUGUUGUUUGUUGUUGUUGUUGUUUCUUUUACCAUUCCAUAAGAUUUUCAGGGACACAGUUUCACCACUUGGCCUUUAUUUUGGUGUUUCCUGAUAGUUUGCAAAUGGCUUCCAAAUUUCCCAUGUGGGAAAAUGUACCUAAUGUUUAGUUGAUAUUUACCUAAAGGUGAUUUUGGCUCAAAUGAAAUCGAAUGUUUUGAUCGAUAGGAGACUUGGUAGUAAACUCAAACUUAAGGUAACAGUUAAGACCACAUGAUUGGCACUAGGAAAAUAAAGCAAAAGCCUUAGCGUUUGUUCCACAGCGGAACUGUGGUUUAGGUGAGAGAAAGUGUGUGGUUAAAACCACCGAGAUUACCGAAAGUGUCUUGGAUAUAAACUCUUGAAGGCAGUUUCCAAAACAAGCUCCAAAAAUAAUUUUGGAAACACAGUUUUGAAAUUGUCCUGAAAAGAAUUAGUUUAGAUACCUUAUCAGUUAAAAGGUUAGCGUGUAAUUAGGAAUUUCAUACAAAAACUUUUAAUUAGUUGCAAAGGUUAUCCGCCAACUCACAUCACUUGACUUGUUAUAUUAUUUAUCACGUGAUGUGUUUAAGUUGUAACGUUGAGUAAAAUAAAACGGUUAUAUAAAUUGUGACUAAAAUGCAUAAAAAUGAUGUCUUCUUCGAAGACGUCAUCUUGAAAGAUGUCCAUACUCAUAAGAUAGCCAACUCUGAACAAAUAUUUUACCUUAAACAAUACGUUACUUGGCGUUUAGUAUAAAUAGAAUAUUAUUUUCGGUAAAAUAUCUUAUAUAUUAGUUUCGUUGAGGACAAGUUGGGACCGAAAAGGACACUUUUACUUCAAAUAAAAAUACGAAAGUGUGUAUUAGUAACUUAUCGGUCCUUGAGUCUUUAAGGCCAUCUGUCGCACAGAUGUUCGAAAGUCGGACACAACGUCAUAUUUCGCCAACAUGCAUGCUGAGCAUGAGAAAACAGCCUACAUUGCGCGACGCCACCAUAGUUUCCCCGCGAAAUGACGUCUGAGAAACGAGCGCAGAAAUUCCAUACUGAUGACGCGUCACCACCCAAAUUUGGUUAGUGCUUCUGAUUGGUAGUGCCGAGUGGGAAAUUUUCUUCAGCCAUUCAGAAUCACUACCUGGAAUUUUAUUUCAUUUAGUUAUCUAUUUUCGCACGCCCCUGAUAGAAACCAGGUUUUGUUGAUCUAGGCUAGCGUGGAUAAAUAAAGUUGCUUUUAUCUUAUCUUUAUCUUAAUUUCUGCGCUCGUUUCUCAGACGUCAUUUCGCGAGAAAACUAGUGGUGUCGUCGCGAAAUGACUGCUGUUUUCUCAGGCUGCUUUUACUCCGUCCCUUCUGCUUAGUUUACAGUUCCCGGAUGUCAACAUUCUACACUAGAACCCAGUAUAGCCGAGUGCAGAUUGGAAAUCACGACCCUUCGAGUUCUUGAUUGGACACCCUAUCCACACUACUGGAAAGUCUACUGCGAACAGGGGCGAAAUUUAAUUGUAAGUACACGUACCUCCUGGUCAUCCUCCCUUCCAAAUGUAGGAGGAAUUCCAAUUGCUUAGGAUGGCCGGAAAAAUACCGAAACUUUCCAAAUCUUUGAAGUUCCUGCCAAUUCAACCAAGUGACAUCACGUAUCAACAGUCAAUAAACAUCUAAAACGGCGAGGUCGAUAUCCUGUAUAGACCUAGGUGUCAUAAUAGACAGGAACUUAACUUACGAUGGCACGUUAAUUUGCAAAACGGCUAUCUUUGGAUCAACGAUCAUAGGCAUAUUGUGAAUACUUUUGAGAUAUUAGACCUUGACUAUUGUAACAGUAUUCUCUAUGGAUUAAAAAAACUGAGUUGAUCUUGAAGACCUACGACGUCUAAUAACAGGAAGCAGUUGGCAAGAGCACAUAAUUCUAGUACUUGAUAACCUGCAAGAUUUGAGAAAUGUCUGCAGUAAAAACUUGCGAGUAAGAAACUGAGGCUAAAAUUUGCCAGUAAUGCCACCUAAACAACAACCUGCUUCGCCUAAAGAUUUCAAAGAGUUUCUUAUUUGCCAAAUUCUGUACACCUGGGCUGAAGGACUUCAAAAUUCACGAGGUCAGUAAUUUGGUACAUAGAUUUUACUUAAGGACUGUACGGAAUAAGCUGAAUACCACAUUACUAGGAGGGUCUGAAUGUACUGUUGCAAUUUGUAAUAAUCAUCGCACUUUGUAAUACCUGUCGCAACUUGCAAUAAACCGUGUCGCACGUUGUAAUAAAAAAGCUGUCGCAAUUUGUAAUAACUGUCCAUCACACUUUGUAAUAAACUAAGCUGUCGCAAUUUGUAUUAAUUCCGUCGCACUUUGUUAUAAACUUAAAUUAUUUUCUUUGGUCAAACAUGCAUGUCUUUUCUGCCUUAAUUAAUCACGUGACCAACAAGAAUCGCUUUUAUGAAAGACAUGAAACUUCCUGUGAUAUGCCACCAAAAAAAAGAUAUGAAUCGUUUCAUAUAUUUGAAUUCAGAAGUAUUUAAAUAACAAAAGCAACAUUUAACAACAGAAAAUUCAUGAAUAACCUGGCAUUCGUCGUCCCAAUCCAUGUUUGCUUGUCACGUGACACGUGAAGCCUUCGGGGUGGGGGGUGGGGAUAAUCCCAUAUUCAUGUAUGGUCUAGGUAGGUAAGUAUCGCUGAGGAUCUGGAACCUUAAAUAGGGUAUCGUUUUUUACCUUGUUGGCUUUGUUUCUUCGGUUUGAUCCUUAGAUAGUGUAACUCAGGUAGUAAUGGAUGGUUUGGUUUAUUAUCCUUUCCAUUUUGUGGAAAAAAAUAAUAAUAAUCCUGAACACGCUCGGAAGAAUUGCAAGGUCUUACAAGUCGUCCGCAGGGAAGGAGAAUUUUUUACUAUCCCCACGGUAUUUGCUUUACAGGGCUCCAUAGAAAAAAAAUUGUUUUAAGAUGGAAAGAUACUCCUUUUUCUCCUAUAUGGGACCAAAUCAAGAGAGAAUAAUGGACCAAAUGGUCAGACGGCUCAUUGUAUGACCCCAAGUGAGUUUUAUAAAAACAGGUACAUACAAAGGUAUUGGCCAGCGACUAACUGGAUUUUGUGUGUUUACGUUGCUGUCGUGGUUCGACGGUUUGCCACUGGUGACGUUUUUGUUUAUUUGCAGUAAAUUACAUUUUAAAUUUUUACAGGCCUCGUCUGAUUAAGUUGGCCAAAAUAUAGACGCCACUAUUACUUCUGUAACCAUUGCAUGCAAACCAUCUAUUACAAUAGCAAGGUUUAAGAAUACAGAAUUUCGUACGUCAGAUAACUAAUCAACAUUAAUUUAAAAAAAUGUUUAAAUGGUUUGAAUGAGCGGAGAUAUAAAUUAGAAAUUAAAGUUAAUUAAUUUUGUAAGUUACGUGCUUGCAGACGACAUCAUCUUUGUUUACGAAGUACUAUUUGUGACCACAUUGAGACAACAACUCAAACGCGGUGAAUUCCAACACUGAAAAACGGCUGUUGUUUUACUGACAAGCAGAUAAGGUUGACGUAAAACUUGAAAGGAAACUACAAUAGAAAGAUCUUAAUUACAUGCGACGAGAAAUGUACUAAGUAAACAAAUACGAAUACAAACUUAACUAGAAAAUUACAACAGGCGAAAUAAUAAACCAAAUAAAAGAGAAAACGAAAGAAAGACUAAUACCUUGUGAGCCUAUUAUAAAUUUGUCCAGAAAAACCAAAAUCCAUCGCUGAACUAGCGAGCGAAGUAAUCUCUGACCGCCGAGCUAACGAUCAUGCAACUUAAAAAAUAACGGCUUGGUCACCUGACCCCAAAAGGGCGCGAAAAUUACACUACCGCGCGGUCCUGGGCUGGCUAGCAGCCACACUAUUCAUAUUUUGGCAUUAUAUUAAAGUUGACGAAGUAAGUUGAAUCACUCUCAAAAAAAAUAUUACAAAGUGCGAUGGAAUUAUUACAAAUUGCGACAGCUUAGUUUAUUACAAAGUGCUAUGGACAGGUAUUACAAAUUGCGACAGCUUUUUUUAAUUACAAAGUGCGACACUGUUUAUUACAAAUUGCGACAGACUCUACAAAGUGCGCUGAAUUUAUUACAAAUUGCGACAGGUAUUACAAGGUGCGAUGAUUAUUACAAAUUGCGACAGUACACUGAAUGGGGAAACCCAUCCUCGGAGACCCACGGGCAGUCAGUCGGGUCGGGAGAAAGGGCGUGACGAAAGUUUUCAAUUACGGGCGAAAGAGCCCCUGGGUACCGACACUCACCGAACUAUUUCCAAAAAUUUAAGCGGAUGCUGGCUCCUGAUUGGGCACAAAAAAUGUAUUAUUAUUAUACCCAAUCGGCGAACAGUUUCUCCUGAGUUCUUUUCGUGAGUUCGUACAUGACGGCUAUUGCUUCAAUCACGGCUUGUCUGGCUCAUGCACCAAAGGAAUGCACGCAGUCAGGAAACUUUCAGUUUGACAUAAAAUCCCCAUCUGAUUUCAAAAUACUGUCUGCCCGAAAGCUAAAGACUCUGUUCCAAAAAUACAAGUUUGAGCUUACAACAGGUAUUCACGCUUGCAUCGGUCACGUCUUGCGUAAAUAUUAGGGAAUUUUUAAAAGAUAACACGACGGCUGACAACCACGAAAACGUCGCAUGGAAAAGGGAAUACACAUUUUUUUAGUUUCUAUCUAUUUCUAUUUGUCAAGGCAAGCGAACUCUUCUGGAGCUGAAUUUCUAUCAACAUAUCCAAGUUCAUGAAGAGAAUGAAUUUUGUCAUUGCUUGUUUACGUCCUUCACAAAACAUAAAGUUAGGCAUUUUCACGGGUAGUCGUGCAGUUGACGGCAAAGAAAUGUACAAAAAAGUGUGAUGCACGUGCAAAGUUCUUGUUUUGCCCUGUCAAGCUAUUGCUUAUUUGACUUUCUCGUCGCCGCCGCAUCUUUAACUUGCUUUUAUUUGUGAUAUAUUGUGAUGAGUCAAAAACAGAGUAUUCUCGGGGCAAAUUGAAUUGCUCCUGCAGAUAGCAAACGUUUUUUCGACUCAUCCGUAGUUCCUUCGUUUCUGGUUAGGGAAAUAGAAAAUAAAAGUUUCCCUUGCUCGCACAAGCUUGGUGAACGAACCGGGCAGUAGCCGUCGACGUAGGAACUCACGAAAAGAACUCAGGAGAAACUGUUCGCCGAUUGGGCACAAUAAUACAAAGCAUUUUUUGUGCCCAAUCAGGAGCUGGGAUCCGCUUGAAUUUUUGGAAACAGUUCGGUGAGGGUCGGUACCCAGGGGCUCUUUCGCCCGUACUUGAAAACUUUCGUCGCGCCCUUUCUUCUGACCCAAUUGACUGCCCCUUGGUCUCCGAGGAUGAGGGGAACCUCGAUAACACUAAACACUUAAUUUAUUGGCUCUGUAACAUGAAACAGUUAAAUUUUAGGCAUUUUCACACUAAGUAAAAAUUCACUGAAACAGUAAAUUUUUCCAACUGAAACAAAAAAGGCUCCAGAAGGCCAAUAUUAUUUUGUCUAGUAUAUCAAGGAGUUUUCGGCCAUUUUGCGAAAAUUCCCGAUUAUUUCAGAAGACUUCAGAAGACUACCGAAGAUUUAGGAAAAUUUCCGAAGACUGCUGAAGAUGUCCGAAGACUAUCGAAAAUUUCCGAGGAGAAGUAUGAAAAUUCUCGACUUUAUUUUCGUCGUUAUAUUCACAUAUGAAUGAAAUAUACUUUUAUAGUGUCCAGAUAGGACUUUUUCAGUGAGAGAAAUUUUCCCCACUUGUACCUGAAAACUCACUAGAACUUAAACAACACCGGGGGGAAAUCCUGUCGAUGCCGGAAUGAUUCGACUUCGCCCUGACGCUGACCAAAGGAUCGUGACACUUGAUACGGGAUUGUCACCAGUAUUCCCCAGCUCAGAAUACUCUUGCUCAUAGGUCGAAAAAACAGACUACAGCCCCUCUGAGCAGAGGCUCAAAGUUCUUGGGUGAUUUUAUUACCGAUUUUCCAAGAGCAGAUAAAUUCGAACGGAGACAACACGCCACUUGCACAUCUCCCAUAAUGCACCUUAUUUACCCCCCCCCCCCUGAUGAUUUGCCCCAAAUUUUGCACAAGCAUUGCUUUCAAUUUCUCUUGGGAGGCUGUAAUACCCAGGAGAAAUGACAAACAAAUGUUAUGCAAAAUUUGGGGGGGCAAAUAAGGUGCAUUAUGGGAGAUGUGCAAGUGGCGUAUGCUAAAAGAUUAUGGGUCAGUUAUUUAAACGGAGUUUAGCCAGUGUUUAACAAAACCGUGUUCUAAACCAUUUUCAGUUUGUCGAAGGCUUUUAUGUAAACGCCAUUUAUCGUGAAAAAUUUCAUGAAAGAAUAUGGCGCAGACUAGAAAAGCAUUUGUCCUCUUAACAUAACCCACUGAAUAAGAGAUCUGGAGGUCCAAAGAUUUCCUAAACCGCGGUCUAACUUAGAUUUCAUGUAAAUAACCGACCCUAUGGGUUUUUCACGAAAAAACCCUCCAAACACUUAACAUUAUUUUCUCCGAAAACAGUAAAUAUUAAAAAAAUUGGCCAGUUUAACAGCAAACACUAAAACGUUUCGGCAAAUAACACUGAACACUAAACACCAUUCAGACCGUCUUUCUGGCCUAGUAAUAUUCUUAGCUACCAUUUGUUUUUUCUUCAGAAAAUAUAACCCAAUUUAAGAACCUUUAUUGUUUCUUUAAGAAAUAAAAACCUAUUUAAGAACUUAAAUAGCCUAUUUCUAUGCUAAUUAAUAUUCUAUAUCAAACCUGUUUAGGCUAAUUUGGGAACACGCAGGUUCUUACUCACAGGUUUUUACUGUAACAAUUUGCAUCAAGACGUUUUCACAAAUGUUCUAUGGUUACUUUUUGACCUGCUUGAUGUUGUUUUAACAUUUCUUUAGUUCUUCUCACUUGAUUGUAAGUUUUUCUUGCAAAAAUAUUACAAUUUGCGUCAGAACGUUGUCACAAAUUGCGUAGACCGACGAUUAUUGCAAAAUUCUGCAACCCUGUAAAUUUAAAAAAUGCGUAGCUUCCAUUCACAACAAAAUGCUGCUACCCUUGGUAUAAAAUGAGCAAGUUAUAACAAAAUACGUCAUUAUUACAAAAUCCCGCAGAACACCAGUCCUUUGCGACUGUAUGCCUGUGAAGUUGGAGGGUUGUCCAAUACUCACAAAUAGACUCCAUUGGUGUUAGUGGUGAUAAGAAGGGUCUCCAUUGGUACCAAUGGUACGAUUGGUACCAAUAGAAAAGCAUCCUAUUCCAAUGGUUCUAUUGGUGAAUAUGCAUCUCAUUAAGCAGACUUAGAUUAUUUUCACAUGUGACCUGGUUGGGUACAGGGCAAUUCCAAUGGUCCAUUGGUACCAAUGGUUCUAUUGGUACCAAUGGAAAAGCACCCUAUUCCAAUGGUUCUAUUGGUAAAUAUGCGUCUCAUUAAGGAGACUUAGAUUAUUUUCUCAUGUGGUCUAGCUGGGUACAGGGCAAUUCCAAUGGUCCAUUGGUACCAAUGGUUCUAUUGGUACCAAUAGAAAAGCACCCUAUUCCAAUGGUUCUAUUGGUGAAUAUGCGUCUCAUUAAGGAGACUUAGAUUAUUUUCUCAUGUGGUCUAGCUGGGUACAGGGCAAUUCCAAUGGUCCAUUGGUACCAAUGGUUUUAUUGGUACCAAUAGAAAAGCACCCUAUUCCAAUGGUUCUAUUGGUGAAUAUGCAUCUCAUUAAGGGGACUUAGAUUAUUUGCUCAUGUGGUCUGGCUGGGUACAGGGCAAUUCCAAUGGUCCAUUGGUACCAAUGGUUCUAUUGGUACCAAUGGAAAAGCACCCUAUUCCAAUGGUUCUUUUGGUGAAUAUGCAUCUCAUUAAGGAGACUUAGAUUAUUUUCAGAUGUGGUCUGGCUGGGUACAGGGCAAUUCCAAUGGUCCAUUGGUACCAAUGGUACGAUUGGUACCAAUGGAAAAGCACCCUAUUCCAAUGGUUCUAUUGGUAAAUAUGCUUCUCAUUAAGGGGACUUAGAUUAUUUUCUCAUGUGGUCUAGCUGGGUACAGGGCAAUUCCAAUGGUCCAUUGGUACCAAUGGUACGAUUGGUACCAAUGGAAAAGCACCCUAUUCCAAUGGUUCUAUUGGUAAAUAUGCGUCUCAUUAAGGAGACUUAGAUUAUUUUCUCAUGUGGUCUAGCUGGGUACAGGGCAAUUCCAAUGGUCCAUUGGUACCAAUGGUUCUAUUGGUACCAAUAGAAAAGCACCCUAUUCCAAUGGUUCUAUUGGUGAAUAUGCAUCUCAUUAAGGGGACUUAGAUUAUUUUCUCAUGUGCUCUCGCUGGGUACAGGGCAAUUCCAAUGGUCCAUUGGUACCAAUGGUUCUAUUGGUACCAAUGGAAAAGCACCCUAUUCCAAUGGUUCUUUUGGUGAAUAUGCAUCUCAUUAAGGAGACUUAGAUUAUUUUCAGAUGUGGUCUGGCUGGGUACAGGGCAAUUCCAAUGGUCCAUUGGUACCAAUGGUACGAUUGGUACCAAUGGAAAAGCACCCUAUUCCAAUGGUUCUAUUGGUAAAUAUGCUUCUCAUUAAGGGGACUUAGAUUAUUUUCUCAUGUGGUCUAGCUGGGUACAGGGCAAUUCCAAUGGUCCAUUGGUACCAAUGGUACGAUUGGUACCAAUGGAAAAGCACCCUAUUCCAAUGCUUCUAUUGGUAAAUAUGCGUCUCAUUAAGGAGACUUAGAUUAUUUUCUCAUGUGGUCUAGCUGGGUACAGGGCAAUUCCAAUGGUCCAUUGGUACCAAUGGUUCUAUUGGUACCAAUAGAAAAGCACCCUAUUCCAAUGGUUCUAUUGGUGAAUAUGCAUCUCAUUAAGGGGACUUAGAUUAUUUUCUCAUGUGCUCUCGCUGGGUACAGGGCAAUUCCAAUGGUCCAUUGGUACCAAUGGUUCUAUUGGUACCAAUGGAAAAGCACCCUAUUCCAAUGGUUCUUUUGGUGAAUAUGCAUCUCAUUAAGGAGACUUAGAUUAUUUUCAGAUGUGGUCUGGCUGGGUACAGGGCAAUUCCAAUGGUCCAUUGGUACCAAUGGUACGAUUGGUACCAAUGGAAAAGCACCCUAUUCCAAUGGUUCUAUUGGUAAAUAUGCUUCUCAUUAAGGGGACUUAGAUUAUUUUCUCAUGUGGUCUAGCUGGGUACAGGGCAAUUCCAAUGGUCCAUUGGUACCAAUGGUACGAUUGGUACCAAUGGAAAAGCACCCUAUUCCAAUGGUUCUAUUGGUAAAUAUGCGUCUCAUUAAGGAGACUUAGAUUAUUUUCUCAUGUGGUCUAGCUGGGUACAGGGCAAUUCCAAUGGUCCAUUGGUACCAAUGGUACGAUUGGUACCAAUGAAAAAGCACCCUAUUCCAAUGGUUCUAUUGGUGAAUAUGCAUCUCAUUAAGGGGACUUAGAUUAUUUUCUCAUGUGCUCUCGCUGGGUACAGGGCAAUUCCAAUGGUCCAUUGGUACCAAUGGUUCUAUUGGUACCAAUGGAAAAGCACCCUAUUCCAAUGGUUCUAUUGAUGAAUAUGCAUCUCAUUAAGGAGACUUAGAUUAUUUUCAGAUGUGGUGUGGCUGGGUACAGGGCAAUUCCAAUGGUCCAUUGGUACCAAUGGUACGAUUGGUACCAAUGGAAAAGCACCCUAUUCCAAUGGUUCUAUUGGUAAAUAUGCUUCUCAUUAAGGGGACUUAGAUUAUUUUCUCAUGUGGUCUAGCUGGGUACAAGGCAAUUCCAAUGGUCCAUUGGUACCAAUGGUACGAUUGGUACCAAUAGAAAAGCAUCCUAUUCCAAUGGUUCUAUUGGUGAAUAUGCAUCUCAUUAAGAGAGUUAGAUUAUUUUCUCAUGUGGUCUAGCUGGGUACAGGGCAAUUCCAAUGGUCCAUUGGUACCAAUGGUACGAAUGGUACCAAUGGAAAAGCACCCUAUUCCAAUGGUUCUAUUGGUGAAUAUGCAUCUCAUUAAGGAGACUUAGAUUAUUUUCAGAUGUGGUCUGGCUGGGUACAGGGCAAUUCCAAUGGUCCAUUGGUACCAAUGGUACGAAUGGUACCAAUGGAAAAGCACCCUAUUCCAAUGGUUCUAUUGGGUGAAUAUGAAUCUCAUUAAGAGAGUGAGAUUAUUUUCUCAUGUGGUAUGGCUGGGUAAAGGGCAAUUCCAAUGGUCUAUUGGUACGAAUGGAACGAUUGGUACCAAUAGAAAAUGAUGUCAUUCCAGUGGUUCUAUUGGUGAAUAUGCAUCCAUUAAAAAAUAAAAAUCUCCGUCGAUUCAUAUGUUUAUGAGUGAUAAGGAGACAUUCAAACUUCUGCUGUUUUUCCACGGCAACGGAUGCAAUCCUGAAAUCAUCAGUAGAUGGAUUCUUCUAGCUCAGUCCUGGGCCUCACCGCAAGCUACAGCCGAGAAAAGAGCACGGCAAAUACAAUUUGUCAAGGACAACGUUGACAUUAAAUACAUCAAUUGUUUCUACUACGACCUUGAUUAUAGCAAACUGGUGUACCUCAAUGGGUUACCACGAAAAACCACACGUCAACAGUCAAAAGUGACUUCAGUCACCUGAAUAUAAAACGGCUCUCUUAGGAGCAACAGCAUGAUAUAACCACCCUUUUCGGAAACUCUUCAUUGAAAACUUGUUUUGGUUUAAACGCUUCCUUGUAGAUAAUGAAAUUGCGCUAAGAAAUUUCAGAAGUUAAUUUCACAGUGAGUUGAGUACAGUUGUUAAAACCUGUUGCCUCAAUACCACUUUGCUAGUUUCGCGCCUUUCCGCUUUGUUUCGGGUUCUUUUAACAAGUAAGAAUUACCGAAAAAUAGUGCUUGCGUACAGGAAAGAAGACAUUCAUAUGUCAUGUUGUUGUUUGCUCGUGAAUCACAAUAAACAGAACGAACACGACAGUGACGCGUUACCUUUCAAUUUUAAUGUUCGUACGAUGUUUGUUAUACUCGCAGCACCUUGAGAUAUUAUUAGCGCUAGAUAUAUAGGUCGCCCUCGCUUUGUAACUAUUAGCGCGUUUCUACUUUGUGUGAAAGCGAACUUGUUUUGCGCGGUUAGCCUAUAGAACGAGGAAUAUUCAUAAGAAUUAUGGCGCGUUUUUAAUUGGUGUAACAGCGAACUUGUUUUGCGUGGUUGGCUUAUAGAACGAGGAAUAUUCAUAAUAAUUAUUAGCGCGUUUUUACUUAGUGUAAAAGGCAACUUGUUUUGUGUGGUUGGCUUAUAGAACGAGGAAUAUUCAUAAUAAUUAUUAGUUCGUUUUUACUUGGCGUAAAAGCGAACUUGUUUUGCAUGGUUGGCUUAUAGGACGAGGAAUAUUCAUAAUAAUUAUUAGCACGUUUUUACUUGGUGUAAAAGCAAACUUGUUUUGCGUGGUUGGCUUAUAGAACGAGGAAUAUUCAUAAUAAUUAUUAGCACGUUUUUACUUGGUGUAAAAGCGAACUUGUUUUGUGUGGUUGGCUUACAGAACGAGGAAUAUUCAUAAUAAUUAUUAGCACGUUUUUACUUGGUGUAAAAGCGAACUUGUUUUGCAUGGUUGGCUUAUAGAACGAGGAAUAUUCAUAAGAAUCAUAGCGCGCUUUUACUUGGUGUAAAAGCGAACUUGUUUUGCGUGAUCGGGAUAUAGAACGAGGAAUAUUCAUAAGAAUUAUAGCGCGCUUUUACUUGAUGUAAACUUGUUUUGUGUGGCUGGCUUAUAGAACGAGUAAUAUUCAUAAGAAUUAUAGCGCGCUUUUACUUGGUGUAAAAGCGAACUUGUUUUGCGUGGUUGGCUUAUAGAACGAGGAAUAUUCAUAAUAAUUAUUAGCGUGUUUUUACUUGGUGUAAAAGCGAACUUGUUUUGCAUGGUUGGCUUAUAGAACGAGGAAUAUUCAUAAGAAUUAUGGCGCGUUUUUAAUUGGUGUAACAGCGAACUUGUUUUGCGUGGUUGGCUUAUAGAACGAGGAAUAUUCAUAAUAAUUAUCAGCGCGUUUUUACUUAGUGUAAAAGGCAACUUGUUUUGUGUGGUUGGCUUAUAGAACGAGGAAUAUUCAUAAUAAUUACUAGUUCGUUUUUACUUGGCGUAAAAGCGAACUUGUUUUGCAUGGUUGGCUUAUAGAACAAGGAAUAUUCAUAAUAAUUAUUAGCGCGCUUUUACUUGGUGUAAAAGCGAACUUGUUUUGUGUGGUUGGCUUAUAGAACGAGGAAUAUUCAUAAUAAUUAUUAGCACGUUUUUACUUGGUGUAAAAGCGAACUUGUUUUGUGUGGUUGGCUUAUAGAACGAGGAAUAUUCAUAAUAAUUAUUAGCACGUUUUUACUUGGUGUAAAAGCGAACUUGUUUUGCAUGGUUGGCUUAUAGAACGAGGAAUAUUCAUAAGAAUCAUAGCGCGCUUUUACUUGGUGUAAAAGCGAACUUGUUUUGCGUGAUCGGGAUAUAGAACGAGGAAUAUUCAUAAGAAUUAUAGCGCGCUUUUACUUGAUGUAAACUUGUUUUGUGUGGCUGGCUUAUAGAACGAGUAAUAUUCAUAAGAAUUAUAGCGCGCUUUUACUUGGUGUAAAAGCGAACUUGUUUUGCGUGGUUGGCUUAUAGAACGAGGAAUAUUCAUAAUAAUUAUUAGCGUGUUUUUACUUGAUGUAAAAGCGAACUUGUUUUGCAUGGUUGGCUUAUAGAACGAGGAAUAUUCAUAAUAAUUAUUAGCACGUUUUUACUUGAUGUAAAAGCGAACUUGUUUUGCAUGGUUGGCUUAUAGAACGAGGAAUAUUCAUAAGAAUCAUAGCGCGCUUUUACUUGGUGUAAAAGCGAACUUGUUUUGCGUGAUUGGGAUAUAGAACGAGGAAUAUUCAUAAGAAUUAUAGCGCGCUUUUACUUGAUGUAAAAGCGAACUUGUUUUGCGUGGUUUUCUUAUAGAACGAGGAACGUUCAUAAUAAUUAUUAGCGCAUUUUCACUUGGUGUAAAAGUGAACUUGUUUUGCACCAAUAGAACCAUUGGAAUGGCAUCAUUUUCCAUUGGUACCAAUCGCACCAUUGGUACCAAUGGACCAUCGGAAUUGCCCUGUACCCAGCCAGGUCACAUGGGAAAAUAAUCUAAGUCUCCUUAAUGAGAUGCAUAUUCACCAAUAGAACCAUUGGAAUAGGGUUCUUUUCCAUUGGUACCAAUCGUACCAUUGGUACCAAUGGACCAUUGGAAUUGCCCUGUACCCAACCAGGUCACAUGGGAAAAUAAUCUAAGUCUCCUUAAUGAGAUGCAUAUUCACCAAUAGAACCAUUGGAAUAGGGUGCUUUUCCAUUGGUACCAAUCGUACCAUUGGUACCGAUGGACCAUUGGAAUUGCCCUGUACCCAACCAGGUCACAUGGGAAAAUAAUCUAAGUCCCCUUAAUGAGAUGCAUAUUCACCAAUAGAACCAUUGGAAUAGGGUGCUUUUCCAUUGGUACCAAUCGUACCAUUGGUACCGAUGGACCAUUGGAAUUGCCCUGUACCCAACCAGGUCACAUGGGAAAAUAAUCUAAGUCCCCUUAAUGAGAUGCAUAUUCACCAAUAGAACCAUUGGAAUAGGGUGCUUUUCCAUUGGUACCACUCUUACCAUUGGUACCAAUGGACCAUUGGAAUUGCCCUGUACCCAACUAGGUCACAUGGGAAAAUAAUGUAAGUUCCCUUAAUUAGAUGCAUAUGCACCAACAGAACCAUUGGAAUAGGGUGCUUUUCUAUUGGUACCAAUCGUACCAUUGGCACCAAUGGACCAUCAGUUUGACGAACCGUAUCCGUUUGUGUUUAUUGGACAUGUGUGUGAAGUUGACUCAAAUUCACUUUGCAGGCAUGCCGCAGGUAAAAAUAAUUUUAGAUAGUUCUUUAAAAGUAGCUUAAAAUAGAAGCUCUUACAGUUGACCGUUUCGCUGCCUAACAGCCAAAGAAAAGAAACGCAAAAGCUGUCCAUUUUAAUUAUGCUAAUAAUACAAAUUCAAUAUUCACACUUUGGAGUUCCCUAAGCCCUCCCACUCCCCUCCCCUCCCCCUCCCCCCGAUUAAAAGUGGAGAUUAGUCGACAGAAACCGACAGUUGUAAAAGCUAAUACUUUUUAGCUUGGCAUAAAGAACUACAUAAAUUAAUUGACCGUUCCUAGCUGAAUGAAUUUCUUCAAGAAGAUGGCGGUGGCAAGGAGCUGCCAUUUCUUCUGUUGCUACUGGUAACCAAGGCUCUGUGAUAAUAUCACAGUACGGUUCUAGUAAAACUGCAGUGUUUGUAUGGGAUAAAAAUACGAAUGUAAAAUUUGUAGGAAAUACUAAUGCAACUCAUUCUGCUCUUAGUUGUUGUUGCUCAAACGAAGUCUCGUGAUAAUUUGCUCAAAUUCACCCCCUCCAUUCAAUAAAAUACACAAGGUGGGGACACAAUAUAUAACUUCGUUUGAGCUUAAGGACAAUUAAGGCAACAACCAACUGUAGAGUAAGUUUCAUUGACUAUAUUCAGUAUUUCAUACAAGUUUUACGAUCGCAUUUUUACCCCAUACAAACACUGUAAUUUUACUGGCCCUCUACUGUGAUACUAUCACUGAACCUGGGUUACCUGUGGUGAUGCCGUUGCAGUAGCUUUCAUGUUGCCGUAGUCCUCUUCCCCUGCAGAUUAGGUACCGCACCGACUCAUGUGGGCUAUAAAUAGACAGGCACUUACAUUUAUUUUAGUUGAGAAGGAUAAUAAAAGUAGCGUUGACGUCGAUCCAACAUGACAAGAAAGACAGUUCUGAAUUAAGAACUGAUCUCUGAUAGGUUUUGCUUGGAGUAAUAAAUUAGAGAAAUGGGAUUGAGAAUACAAUAUUGUCGGCUAAUGUGUUGUUGCAGAAAAUCAUCGAAGGGUGUUUAGAAGAAAGAACGAUGGCGGGAGAAAUUGAACUAAACCUCGCAGAGUUUUCGGACUAUCCUACAGGAGAGACUGAGCUAAGUGAAGAUCAAAAAGGAUUCCUAGAAGCGGUUAAUGCCGGAAACUAUAACAGAGUGCUGGAAUACAUCUUGCAGAAGUCUGUUGAUGUGAACUGCGUAAACCUCCUCGGAGAAACGGCUCUUCAAAUAGCGGUGAACAACAACUAUCACGAUAUUGCCAAACUUCUUCUUAACCAAGGAGCAGAUGUCGGCACGGCGUUACUGCAUGCCGUCGGAAUUGAAUCGACAUUCUGGGUGGAGGCUUUACUUAAGACGAAAGAAAAAAGCAACGGAGCAUCAGAGACUACGUCACAACGAACAAGCCCAGAUCAGGAAGACGGUAGUGAGCACAUGUCGCACAUGUCGCCUUUAAUUGUGGCUGCGAAAAAGGACAAUCAAGAGAUUGUGAAGAUCUUUCUUGAGAAAGAUUACGCAAUUGACGAGCCGCAUAAACGAUCUUGCAAAUGCGAUAAAUGUGAAGGUCCAGGCCGCCUUGGGGGUUCCAUUCAUCGUCUGCAUUGCUACCAAGCGCUCGCUAGCCCUGUUUACUUGUGUUUGUCUUAUUUACUCGACACUCCACCCAGUGAAGAUCAAGAUAUAAAGACAUCCAAAGACCCGAUCAUUCGCGCACUCCUUUUAAACCGGAAAUUGGAAAAGCUUAUGAAAGUGGAAUACGAGCUUAAGAAUGAAUACCAGAAGCUCAUAAUUAGUUGCGAAGAAUUCGCUGUGUCGCUCCUCAAGAAAUGCCGAACGAUGGAAGAAAUCCGCUGUUUGAUGAGUGUGCCGGGAAUUGAAAAACUUAAAUACGUUGAGGUUAGAGGAGGAACACAAGCGAAGAAGCUAAGCGUGCUUAAUUUUGCCAUCACUAAUAAGAAUGAGAAGGUGAGAAUUGCUGGAUUAGACGUGAGUAUUAAAAUAUGGCUUAUUGGGCGAGCGGGCAGAAAUAAGUUGGCCAAUAUCCAUCCAUCUUGA